CCUCUUGCCCCCACCAUGGCGGUACAGGGCCGAGUGCUGCUCAUCUUCCUGGGACUGCAGCUGGUGGUGAUGGUGGCCUUGUAUCACCAAGGCUACAGCCACCAGGUCAGCUAUGUCUUGAAAAUCCUGACCAGUAGCAUGCUUAGUACCACACCCAGCUUCCUGACAGUGAAAGAUGUCUACAGCAACCUGGACCAGAUCCAACCCCUGAACCUUUCUAAGGAAAAGCUGCCCACCUGCCCUAAGAUCUCACCUUUUAUCAGUGGUCCCCUGAAGGUGAGCUUCCCACUUGAUCCGACGCUGGAUGAGAUUGCUCAGAAGAACCCACUGGUCCAGCUGGGAGGCCACUAUCAGCCACCCAACUGUGAGGCUCUUCACCACACGGCCAUCGUCAUCCCCUACCGGGCCAGGAGAAAGCACCUGCAUCAGCUACUCUACCACCUGCACCCCUUCUUGCAGAGGCAGCAGAUCCACUAUGCCAUCUAUGUGGUACACCAGGUGGACAAUUACACCUUUAACCGAGCGAAGCUAUUGAAUGUGGGCUUCAAGGAGGCCAUGAAGGAGCAGAACUGGCGGUGUAUUUACUUCCAUGAUGUGGAUCUGAUUCCUGAGGAUGACCGCAAUAUUUAUGGCUGCAGUGCCUUUCCUAUACAUGCUGCAGUAGCCAUUGAUAAGUUCCAGUAUGAGCUUCCUUACCAGACGUACUUUGGGGGUGUGACAGCACUGAGACCCACUCACUAUGUGAAGAUCAAUGGCUUCCCCAAUAACUACUGGGGCUGGGGAGGUGAGGAUGAUGAUAUUGCAUCCCGACUUUUCCUCAAUAAGCUGCUCAUCUCCCGGCCUCCCGCAGUAUUUGGCCGCUACCACAUGCUGAAGCACAGUCAAGACAAAGGAAAUGAGGCCAACCCCGAAAGGUUUAACCUCCUCUCCAGCACCCAUCUGAGGUGGCGUUACAACGGGAUGAAUACUCUGAUCUACAGGUUGCUGUCCAAGGAGCAGACCCCACUCUACACCAACCUCACAGUGAACUUAGGUAUCAAUGACCAUUAA